CUAGUAUAAACAUAUAUGGGUAUGUUUUUGUAUACAUUUAUAUGUUUUUAUACGAAAAAUUUUUUAUCAAGAAUAUUUUGAAUGUUCCAAGUUCCAAAUAUUCAGGCGUAUUCGGCAAUGGCGUAAAACAACCUGAAAAUAAAAAUCAACAAAAUCUAAAAUAAAGAAUACUAUUAGUAUAUGUAUUAUUAUAUUAUAUUAAUUAAUUAGAAUUUUUUUUUUAAGAAAUAAUUGAUAAGUUUUCUCCAUCCCUUCCAUUUUAACUUGCAAUGACUCGUUCGAACUGUUCAUGUGCAAUCUGCGCGACUUUCCAACCUAAAAAAAUGGCAGCCACGAGCGUGGAGUGUAACGAUUUUUUAGAAUUUCAGGAUGCAUUAAAAAAGAUGCGACAGAUAGAUGAUAAAAUAAUUUACAUGCUGAACACUACAAUUCCUACCGAAUCUUUUAAAGCCCAAGUGGAUCCUACCUCACAGUGUAAAGACUUGUAUCAGCAAAUAGAAUCCGAGCAUAAGCAAAGGACACAAGCAAUCGUAAGAUGUGUGGACAUCACUAAGGAUAAGGUGAUGCGACUGAAAGAUUUACGAGAGAAGGAUGGUGUUGGAGAUCCGACAUUAAUAAAAAAAUUGAGAAAUGAACAGACCAAACUUAGACUGCUACAGUCCGAGCUCAAUAUAGAGGAAGUUGUAAAAAAACGUACAACACAAGUUUAUUACGAAAGAUGCCGUGGAUUCUAUAAACCACUGCAUAUAGAUAACGCAUAAAACUUCCAAAUAUGAAAAUGUAUUGGUAUAUGGUCAUUUAAAUUCUAUUCUUGAAUUGUUACUCUAGAGCUAUACAUAGUAAUUUUGUAAACGGCAAUAAACUGUUUCUUAAAUUACUAUUAUUUUGUAACAGCGAUAUAUAAUAUAAAUCAAUUCUUUUACAAACCAA